UUAUCAACUAAAUCAAAAAUGAUAAUGUACUAAAUAAAUAUAACUACCAAAACAAAAAAUGAUGUGUAGUACUUCCUUUAUUUGCUUCAUCAUUUACCUUUAAUAAUUGCAUAACGCACCUGGCUUAUUUCAUACCUUAAUUUCACUGAGAUUCUUUUCCAAUUAUACCUCAAUAAUACUAGCCAAACUACAUUCAAUAUAUAUUCCAGAUUAAUCAUAUUCAUUUAGAUUACUUUUUGUUACAAUGGAUUUGUGUUUCAGUUCAGGCAGAGUUUGUAUCAUUCUCUUUUCUUAUCUUUUGAUAUGUUCUUAUGCUAGAAGUACUAAAACUAUACAUUAUCCUGCGAGAGAUUGUCGAAAACACAGCGCGGUUUUGACGGAUUUUGGGGGCGUCGGAGAUGGCAAAACGUCGAACACAAAGGCAUUCAAAUCAGCAAUAGCUAAUCUCAGCGUAUAUGCACCACAAGGUGGUGCACAACUUAUUGUGCCUGCAGGAAAAUGGCUAACUGGGAGUUUUAAUCUCACUAGCCAUUUCACUCUUUUUCUCCAUAAGGAUGCUGUUCUUCUUGCUUCUCAGGAUGAGGCAGAGUGGCCAAUUAUACCUCCAUUGCCUUCAUAUGGGCAAGGAAGAGAUGCAGCUGGUGGAAGAUUCAGCAGUCUCAUUUUCGGUACAAAUCUUAAGGAUGUAGUAAUUACAGGUAACAAUGGCACAAUUGAUGGGCAAGGUGCAAGCUGGUGGGAAAAAUUCCACAAAGGCAAAUUAAAUCUGACUCGACCCUAUCUCAUUGAGCUCUUGUACUCUCAUAAGAUCCAAAUAUCAAAUCUUACUUUAAUCAACUCUCCUUCAUGGAAUGUUCAUCCCACAUAUUGCAGUGAUGUGUUGAUCCAAGGGCUUACUAUUCUUGCACCUAUUGAUUCCCCCAACACAGAUGGGAUUAAUCCAGACUCGUGUAUGAAUACCAGAAUCGAAGAUUGUUUCAUAGUAUCAGGGGACGACUGCAUUGCAGUCAAAAGCGGGUGGGAUCAAUAUGGAAUCAAAUUCGGAAUGCCGACAAAGCAUCUGGUGAUAAGAAGAUUAACUUGCAUCUCCCCUGACAGUGCAACAAUUGCCCUCGGAAGCGAAAUGUCAGGCGGAAUCCAGGACGUUAGAGCUGAAGACAUCACAGCAAUCAACACUCAAUCGGGUGUCAGAAUUAAAACCGCAAUUGGACGAGGAGGUUACGUGAAGGACAUUUUCGUUAGAAGAAUGAAUUUCAAGACAAUGAAGUACGUUUUCUGGAUGACCGGGUCAUAUGGAUCACAUCCAGGUACCGGUUAUGAUCCGAAUGCAUUGCCGAAUAUUACCGGAAUAAAUUACCAUGACAUUGUAGCUGAAAAUGUGACCUACUCGGCGAGACUCGACGGGAUAAAAAACGACCCGUUUACGGGAAUUUGCAUUUCGAAUGUAAGUAUAACAUUGACCGAGAAACCAAAGGAACUGCAAUGGAACUGCACAGACAUACAGGGAGUAACGAGCAAUGUUAGUCCUAAGCCUUGCAGUUUGUUGCCUGCCAAAAGCAUUACGUGUCCUUAUCCGCAAGAUGUUUUGCCUAUUGAUAAUGUUAAGAUGAAGAUUUGCUCUGCUCCAGGCUAACUAUGACUAGCUAGCUUAUUGAUUUCUUGAUGAUUGUAAAACUCAACAAGUGAAAAUAAAAUAAAAAGCUUUUGCAUUAUCCAAA